AUGCCCUAUCACCUGAAGAAGAGAUUCUACGACGUUGGCGGGACCCAGGUCCAGGUGGACGUUCGUGGAAUCUGGGACUCGGACACCGCUGCAAGGGCGGCCGGCACUCCAGGCAAUCCGAUGGUGAAGCUCGGGUCGUUCAAAGGGCCGUACAGCCAGGACGAGUUCAAGCCCUGCUUUAUCAUGCUGGUCGCCAUUCUGGAAGGGCUGUUCAAGGUCGAGGGUCGUUCGGUGCUGUCGGUCAUUUGUUCUCAUGGCCGCAACCGUUCGGCGACCUUGGUCGUCGCUCUGAGUGCGUUGUUCGAGGUUCCGAUGUGGCUCCCGAGCUACGGGGAUGCCUCGCCCAGCCAAGAGUGGUGGUGCAUCGCCUCUCUGCCGAACGAGAUUCUCCAGCAGUUGGAGGAGUGGCGUUCGGAGGCCAGGGGCGGGCCGUUCCGACAUGGCAGGGCCGUUCCGGCGCCCCAGACUCCACCGGGCCCACCGCCUGGCGGGCCUUAUCAUGGCCACGGGACGUUCGAUCCCGCUGACUUGCAGGGGGCCAUGCCCUCGGUGGGGAACCCCCUGGUGGAUGCCGUUCGUCUUGACAUAUGGAAAGUGGCCCCUGGGGUCCUUCUGGAACUAGACGAACUUCGUCUAGAUGAAAAAUGCAUUCGGGCUGUCGCGAACAUCGCUGGACAUUCGGAGGAUGGGGCGAAGUUCGUGCGGGAGAUCUUCCAGGUGUUGCAACGAAACUCGGUCGAUCUCAGGACGUAUGCCAACCCGUCGGCCGCGAUCACCAGUGCCGUCCGUAAGGAGUUGGAUCGCUUGAGGCCAGAGAUUCAAGGUCUGCCGGGAUCGUCGGGUCGCGGUCGUUCGUGGCAUGCUGGCAAGGGUGGCGGGCACUACGACGACUAUGAUGCUCGCCGAGAGGAGGACCGUCGCCGAGACGAGGACCGUCGCCGUGACUUGCAUUUAUUGGAGCUGCAGUUCGAGACUGACUGUCAUUUGUUGGAACCCACUUUGCGACUGACUCAGGUUAUGAGGCCUCUCGUCAGUCGAGCCCUCCGCCGCUCGGUCGGGACUAUCGUGACGAGCCCGAUGUCUGGCGUUCGUACCAGACCCCGUACGAUCGCGAAAGGGCCGAUCGUGACCGUCGGGAUCGCGAGGAGCGGGAGCGGCGUGAGGCCUACGACCGGGACAGGGCCGAUCGUGAGAGGGCAGAUCGCGAACGGGACGAUCGCCAUCGCCGUCACCAUGAGGACGAGCGGCUCUCGGACCCUGGACACCCAGGCCGGCCGAUUCCGCCACGUUGGUGGGACCGCCGCUCCGAGGAGCCGGCUACUUGACUGUGAUCGAAGGUGUCUGCAUGCCUGCAUUGCAUGUUGCAUCCCUAUUAUAUAUACAGCAUGA